AUGGCUACUCCCUACAGCCGGUCAAACAGCAGCGGUGCUCUCAACUCUGGUCCUUCACGCACGCUCCUGCAGCAGCUUCUGGAGGAGAUAAAUGGAGCGUCAUCUCCUCGAAAGGUCCGCAACGAAAGCCCUUUGCAGAGCCCAGCAAGCACCCGGUCCUGGUCCUCGUCCCAAAAUCAUUCGCCUUCUGUUUGGGUUGGCGGUUCCUCCGCACAGGAUGCCUGCGACAAGCUUCGAGCGGCCGAUGAAGCACGCCAGCGAAUGGUAGCAGCCAACAGUAUUGAUGGCGCUCCUAACAUGCAGACACCUACGCUGCGCUUAGACACGUCAGGGCUUGAAAUGCAGGAUACAACACUCGAUGAGCACGAGAGGAGGCCAGUUUCUGGAUUACACCGGACUCCAGAUCCAGUCAGAUACCCUCACGACUACAUGCAGCACAUGAUGAAAGGCAGUCCACUGUCGAUGACUGUUGGACUCUCACCGGCCACGCAAGGUCACGACGACACUCCGUUCCACCUACAAGCAUCUCCCUUCGGCAACGCCGUACCCCAGCCUUUAUCGCCGCUCAUAUUCACCGACGUUUAUUUCGACUCCUCCUCCUCGUUGUCGCCUCAGACGGAGACUACUGCAUCACCGACCGAGGCGCCUACCUCAGCGGCAACCGUCUACACUGCGGAAGAACCGCGAACGCCCUCUAUUGAUGGUACACGCAAACGGACUCACUUCUUCGAUGACUCAACACCCGAAGUAUCACCUCAAAAAAGGCGAACCGUAACCCUGCCUGAUAUUCGAAGCGACGCAUACUCCAAGAUGGCUAUCGAUGCUCCCCAUUGUUUCAUCGGUAUAGGUGGAGACAACAGAUGUGUGCUCCGAGAUGAGACGUUCACCGAGCGCGCACCUACGCCAAGGGUACCGAUCAAUCUUUCUACAAACGACGCAUUGCCCGAGCUGUCUUCCUUCAGGCCGACUGUUGCAGACCCACAAGGCCAGCCACAAUUGAAUAUUCCUCCACAAAGGCCGGCACGUUCAUUCACCAGUCCGGUCGAACCAGCAAGUCCAGCAGUGCCUGACACGCCCGCUUGGAUGCGGCCGAUGCACCUUAUUGACACCGGCGGCAAGUCUAUCUACAUGAAUGCUCACGACGACGGGCCGAUCCGUCAUGCUCUAUGUCUCUACUGUUUCAGGACUCAUGGCGACUUCCGCAAAGUGCACAGGCACGGCUACGAGUCGUGUGGACGCACCGAAGUGCUUGACAGUCACUACUGGGAGUCUGAUACAUGGCCAGAAGACUCCUCAGACGACUCGACCGCCUCAGACCGUUGA